GCGCGCAAGCCGUUGACGAACGGUUGCUUUCGUUUUUUCUUGUUUUUCCGCGUCUCACUGCGACAACGCUCGCUCGUCAUCAUUAGCGCUUGGAUGGAGCUCAAGCUGUUCUCCUGCACUUCCCCUUUCAGCUUCUCCUCGUUUAUCUUUCACGGGAAGAACAUCCUGCAGACUCUGUGUGCAUGCCAAAGUUGGAGCCUCUGCUUGGCAUCAUGGGGACGCCCGUCAACCCCGUGAUGGCGGCCGUCGGCCCGGCGGUCCAGCCCCUGCACCCGCACCUGACGCUGCCGCCCGCCCCCUUGCCUGACACGCUGCUGUCGGGCGUCAAGGAGAUCAUCCGCCACAAUGGGUGCACGCUCUUCCCGCAGAACCCCAACCUUUCCCCCCCAUCUACCCGCCCACGCCCCCCUGGCUGCAAGACGGUGUUUGUGGGGGGCCUUCCAGAGAACACCAGCGAAGACAUCAUCAGGGAAGUCUUCAGCCCCUGUGGUGACAUCAUCGCAUUGCGCAAGAGCAAAAAGAACUUCUGCCACAUUCGCUUCAGUGAGGAGUUCAUGGUGGACAAAGCGCUCUAUCUAUCAGGCUACCGCCUUCGUAUUGGCUCAAGCAAGGACAAGAAAGACUCGGGCAAGAUCCAUGUGGAUUUUGCGCAGGCUCGAGAUGACUUGUAUGAGUGGGAGUGCAAACAGAGACUACUAGAACGAGAAAAACGGCAUCAGCAGCAGGACCAGCAAGACUACCACAUGCACCAAGAACAAGCACCGCCCUCUCUGACACCAGCGUCCCUGACCCCCACGCCACACCCACAUUUCUCUGAGCAUGAGGCAGCCGUGUUGGCCGAGGGUCUAAAAGACAAGAAGCAGUUCAGCUGGGCUGUGUCCGUGCUUUUGUCGUGGCUGGACGGCGGUGAGGUGAACCAUGCUAGUGCCAACAAGAUGUACGCGUUGAUCGAGAGCGCCAAUGCUCACGCAACACAGCUGCACAGGGAUGCCGCGCAGCAACGUCGGGUGCUGCGCAAAGCACAAGACGCCUUCAACAAAGCACUCACCAGCAUACUCAUGCAGUUGGAUCAGAUCUCAUCUGUGUUGGUGGCGUCUGGCCGACAAAAGUCUCGGGACCAUUUCUCCAAAGCUCAGCGGAAGAACAUUGACUUGUGGACCAGGCAGUGCCAGGUUCACAGCGAUGAGGUGUCGGGUCUCAGAUGUCAGGAUGAUGAAGAUGACCAGGAUGAGGAUGAGGAUGAUGAUGAGGAAGGUCCUUGCAACAAAAAGAUGAAGAUGGUGAAGAUGAAGAUUUGCGGCGAAGAAAAAGCCGCACCAUGUCCCGCUGCCACUGCCUUUGAGCAGCACUUCCUGAGAUGGGAGCUGGAUGCCUACGAGAAGCAGGCGGAGCUUCUGAGGGGCAAGGCAUCAGGCCCAGACGGCGGCCGCCACGUUCUCGCGCUGGGCGGAUGGCAGUGGCCGGAUGCUUCCGUGCAGCUGCUGAACCAGCGUGUAUUGCAAAUGCAGCAGCAAAUGUUGCGGCUGCAGGAAGAGUUGUCCAGCAAGGAGGCGGAGUUACUGAAGGCCCACGAAGACAGUCACUACCUGGAAGGGGAACUGUUGUCGCUACAACACAAACUUGUAAAGAAUAGCUUGGAAGGAAGUAGUUUGGACCUCAGGGAAAAGGUCAAUGGGUUUUUGUCGCCAUCAUUUGUGAAUCGAGAGAGAAGAAGCAAUGGCAGUGAUGCCGGCGGCGGGCUGGUGUCUGAGAAAGAGGCUCUCCUUCUGGGCGUGAUGUCAGCUUUCCUGCAAGUUCAUCCGUUUGGAGCCAACCUGGAAUACUUGUGGUCAUAUGUGCAGAGACUGGACUCCCAAGUGUCGUCAGGGCAACUAGAGCGCCUCAUGGUCCGUUUGCCCCUCAUGUUCCGUCAGGAGCUGAGCGGCAUCGGCGCCACACUGGAGAAGCGGUGGAAGUUCUGCGGGUUCGAAAGCCUCCAGUCCACAUGACCCGGGAACUGUGGGUGCGCGUACGCACAUGCAUGAGACGACCAAGCUAGCCUGCUAACAAUGUAACGGCAUUUUACGUCAAGCUCCGUCCACUAUGUUGAGGUGCAUUGAGAAUGUUUAUUAAAGUGUUAAAGAGUGUCAAUUUUGUGUCAGUGUUUGCAUUCCAUCUUUCACUAACCACAACAACUUGUAAGUCCGAAAGCCACAUUUUUUUCAUGAUUUAUUGGACAUUGUAGUAGGGCUGUACUAACCAAAAUUUGAAACACAGUCAUUUUGAUCAAUAUUUUAAACACAAUUACUGAUUGCAUCAGACAAGCUGCAGGCCAGCUUCAAAAUAAAAGCCUCAACAAAAAAAAAUAUUUUUCAGCAGGAGGCUGACCAUCGUAUAGAGCUUGUGCACAUGAUGUUGUGGUGGUUUACAUAAUUCACCUACGGGACCUCGAGUUAGGUUACGAGGUUCCGCACGGAUGUUAUUGUUUUGUUACACUUCCGGUGUGAGUCUGUUGA